AUGCCCCUUGUUUGCAAGUUGCUUGCGGAGUCUCUGCUGACGAUUCCUGCGCUAGCCGAUGUAGCUUCUGACCAUUUAGAGGUCGCUUUAUAUGAGGAGUGGACCAAGGACCUAGCGCGCUUUGCUGAGCAGAUGGGCUUUUUUCUCGGCUUGGACAGCACCGAGAUGGUGCGUUUCGCGCGCGAGAAACAGAGAGAGCCAGUCACACCCAAGUGGGUGGGCGAGCUGACAGACAAGGAGGUCUCUCAGAUCGAGAACGACCCGUAUUGCCGCGCUUACAUGGACCGCGUCGGCUACAAGCCUGGCAAAGAGAAAGGUAUCGACCACUCUGGCCUGCGGUCAUCCGCCGAGCUGAAGAAGGGGCUCAGCUCUGCUGAGCAGAGCGUGAUCUCUGCGCUGCUGGCGGAGGGGCGUGCCGACGCAGAGCACACCCGCGAGCUGGUAGCCCGGGCGCAAGAGAUCCACAGGCAGCGUGCGGCGGCCAAGGCGGCGGCAGAUCGUGUCGUGAUGCACUGA